UCCUCAAUAAAUUAAAGAAGUGAUAUAUGCAUAUAUCUUACUGUCCCUUCAAGCUUGCAAAUAAGUAGCUCAUCACCUUCUAGCUAUCUCAAAGAAGGUUUCUUCUUUUUACUUAUAGAAGCAUCUCUUGCUCUCUUCUUCUUCUUCUUCUUCUACAUCUUCUUUGGUUGCACUCUCGCCACCCAUUGUUCUUUCAUUUAUAGUUCAUUCGGGCAUCCAAAAAAUAGAGGGGAAAUAUGUGUAUGAAGUUCAACAUUUUUAGCUCAUGCAAACACCAAGCUAAUAAGAAAGUCGAUGGAGUCGUCAUUCCGAUCGCUUCGACGAGCUUCAACCUCCGCGAGGAGUAUGCAAGUGCGUUCCGCACCGAGUCCUAUAACGAGUUCUGGGCCCGCGUGCUGGAUCUCACCUUAGACCACGGUGCCGCUCUUAAACCGAGUCAUGAGAGCAGCAGCAGCAGCAGCAGCAGCAGCAGCACUGCGGCCGCCCGCCUCCCUUCCUACCGCCUCUUCGCGGAGCACUUGCUCGACCCUGACCAAGCUACAAUCACUGAAAUUCUCGCCGAUGCGCGAAAGCAUUGUCACCCGGAAGUCCACUUCCUCCUCUCCGAAUACUACUCCGAAACUGCGAACGCCUCCCUCCUCUUCAGCCUCAUCUUGAAGGACAUUGAACGGAUACGCGCCCGAUACCGCCCGUUCAAGGCCGUGCUCCGAUCGCUCGUCUCCGAUAACCCCCCGCCGCAGCAUAGCAUCCAAGCCAUUGAUAAAUACCUUGCCGAGGUUUCAAAGACGUUCAAUCCAUUUCAUUUUCUAGCUUCGUCUCAACGACAAUUCCGCAUGGUGCAAGGCGGCUCCGCCGAUCUGCUCAAGCAGCUCGAGGCAAGCCGCAAGAAGGCGAAAGCCAAGCUGCGGCUCGUCAACUGGCUAAAGCGAGCAUUCGGUUUCUCUUUAAUCAUUAUCACAGCCUCGACGGCAGUGAUCGGCGCAUUGAUCGUGGUGCAUGCGUUGAUGGCUUUAGUAGCUCUACCCGCGCUUCUUCCGGUCACAAUGUCUUCGCGGGUGGGCCGUGCGGUAGCCCAGCUCGACGUGGCAGCAAAGGGGACGUACAUACUGAACAGGGAUUUGGAUACCGUCAGCCGACUCGUGGCGCGGCUACAGGAUGAGGUGGAGCACGUGGCGACGCUGCUGAGAAUGUGCGAGGAGGAGCGGCGGCGCGUCAGGCGGGGAAGGCUGGUGCAGGAGGUGGUGCGGGAGGUACAGAGAAAAGAUGUGAGCUUCAGGAAGCAGCUGGAUGAGCUGGAGGAGCACCUUUACCUCUGCUUCAUGACCAUUAAUAGGGCUAGAAGGAUGGUGAUGACAGAGGUUUUGUGUGUAAAAUAGAUACAUGUGCAUGUGUAAAUAUAGGGUUUCAAGUGCAUUGGUUAUACAUGAAUAUAUAUUAGUGAUUAUCAUGCAGGAUUGUAUAGAAACUUCUAAUUAAAACAUAUAAUAAUUGUUGGAAGCCCUAGCUGCUUCCAUACUG